ACGCAUUUGGUACAGACCAGUUUGUCUUUGUAUUCAACACACAUUGCCCAGUGUAAGUGCAUAAUGGCUUCUUACUUCGAUCAAUGGAACCAGUCAGUCGUCCGGCCAUCACAACCUGUGGACCAACGUUAUGGUGUCGUUUUGGAAUCUGGCGAUUUAGUAAGUCCACUAAUCAUUCCAUUGAACGCAGUGUAUUUGGGCAAGAGCGUUUCGCCAAAUUAUCAAUCCUCAUGGAGAUCAUUUAGAUAUGAUAGAAGAUCAAAAGUUAAUGUGAAUAGAAAUCAAUUUGAAAUUAAUUUGAAUGUGCAACACUUCGACGCUAACGAGUUAACUGUGAAGAUUACCGGAAAUGCGAUCAUCAUCGAAGGCAAUCAUGACGAAAAGCACGAUCAACACGGAAGCGUGUCCCGUCAAUUCAAGCGAAAAUAUUUGGUGCCGAACGGCCACAACGUGAAUAAGGCAACUUCGGUUCUAUCGGGAGACGGAAUUUUGAUCGUUUCGAUUCCUCGCAACGAAAGCGUUGUCGAAGAGCGCGUUAUUCCUAUUCUACAGGGGGAAUCUCAAGAUGAAGAACAGGAUAAACGUUUAGAUGAGCAGCGCUCGCAAGCUGACGAAAAAUGCGAAGACGAUCAAGUAGACGAAAAGAAAGCUUAAUUAUAUGCACAUCUUUUUGAAUUAAUACCUACCUGCUUAAUUUUGCACUUUCUUUUACACCCGCAGUAGUUUAUUGUUUCUUGCAAAUAAUACUAUGCAAUUUUUUAUUAUGUUUAUUGUUAUUUCUCAUGUAUAAUUAUUUAUGGAAUAAAUGAAGCCCUUAAUGGGUUUCUAAUUUGCAAAAA